AUGUCACUUAUAAUCUGCGCGCCGUCCGAAGCCGAAGCCCCUGCGGUAUCAACGGUGCAUCUGAGGGCCAUGGACGAAAACCUCCUUACGCACGCACAGUUCCCGAGUCCCGAGGGCCUGCAGUUUUUCCACUCCUGGCUGGAGAGGAACACGCUGGAGCAUCUGCGAGACGGGGACAAGGGGGUACUGGUUGCGAAGGACGGGGAGACGGGGGAGGUGGUGAGUUUUGUCAAGUGGCUGGUUCAUAGGCCUGGCGAGGGGGAGCAGCAGCAUCAAGUUGAGGAGGAGUGGCCGGAUGUUGCGAGGGGGGAGUAUUUGGAUCCGUAUGCAGCGUUGACGGAGAGGGUGAGGAAUAGGGCUGUUGGAGAGGAAGCGGCAUAUUACCAUCCAACAUAUCUCUGCACGGAUCCUCGCUGGGCUGGGCGCGGCGCUGCGUCAUUGCUUCUGCGCAAGGUUCAGGACCUUGCCGCGGCAGACGGUCUCCCUCUUGUGUUGGAGGCUACGAUGAAUGCCGUGACAUUUUACCAAAAGAUGGGGUUUGAGAUUAAAGAUGAGCUGUCGAUGAUGCUGCCGCCUCGAGGGUCGAGCGAGCCUACGGAAUUUUAUGAAGAGAAGUGCAUGGUGUGGGUGCCGCCGAAGGGCGCAGUGGCAGCGUCGUGA